GGACAGAUCACACUCAAUGGAUGGUCCGAGGGUCUCUCGAGCGACGAAAAGCGUGCUCUGCUGGUCGACGCGCCCUCGCGCGAAGCGGGCAGCAAAGCGACGUCAAAAGCUGCCGCGGAGUCUUGCUACUUCAUCGAUCUGCAGGAAAAGCUGGCCGCAGGCGACAGGCGCGGUCGCAAGAGGGGUCGUGAGUCCGGCGCGUCGAACUAACCCAUGUCCGACUCAGCCAUAGACAGCUCCCUCGAGCCAUCGACCAUCAACAAUCCCUCCUACGUCCUUGCUUCAGCAUUGUCGAACGUUGCCGAGACUGAAAGCAUCGGGAUGAACUUGACACAUCGCAUCAACCAAGCGUAUUUCCGAUUGGGUGAGGCUUAUGUGAACUUUGGCAAGUCUACCUUCGAAAGCUGUCCUGCACCGGAUUCGACCGCCUUUCACGCACUCGUUUUUGGCUCUGCCGUUGUCGCAAUGCGUGCAGGAGCGAGCGAACAGGUCGACCAGACAGUCUCCGAAGCAGGUCUGAAGAAGAGACUCGAGCGAGCGCGCAGGUUCUGGUUCGUGGUGCAGUGCUUGGACGAGAGAGUACUAGAGCUGGUCGACAUCCUCUGCGUCAGUCGGCUGGACAAGAUCAGCUUUGUGCGGCUCCGUCAGAUGGCUCAGACGCUCUCGAGCCUCACCCUCGCUUCUCGUGUAUUGCGGCCGGAAGCAGCGACCACGCACAUUAGAGCACUAAACCAAUAGUAUCAUUGUGGCUGGCUAAUUCGCCUUCAGAGACAGUCUGUCGUUGAGGACAAUUGCGAUGCGCGCCUGAGUCCAACGAUCGUAGGCAGA